UACUUUGUAAUGUUUUUCACGAUAUAACCUAUACGCACGUAAGUCGAAUGCCGUAUGUACACGUAACCUAAGAAAUCUGUCGUGAAACAUCAUAUACUCCGGUGUGAUUAUACGUCAUUCGCUGACAGUAGUUUCAACUAUCGUACUUUGUAUCUUAAUUUAAAAGUAACAUUAGAGGACACGUUAAAAUGUCAGACGUGAGAGACUGGUAUAAAACCUUGCCGAUAUUUACAAAAUACUGGUUAACUUGUACCCUCGUCUUGACGUUACUCGGCAGAUUCGGAUUUUUGAGUCCGCACUUGCUGAUACUGUGGCCGGAUCGGUUUCUAAAUAAUUUCGAAAUCUGGCGAGCGGUGACAAGCGUCUUCUAUUAUCCGCUUAACCCGGCGUCGGGUUUUCAUUUCUUGAUCAACUGCUACUUCUUGUACAAUUAUUCGUUGAGGUUAGAGCGCGGGGAAUACGAUGGCAAACCCGCAGAUUAUUGCUUUCUCCUGCUGUUCAAUUGGAUAUGCUGCGUCAUCAUCGGACUUAUCGGUGAUUUUUCCCUGCUCAUGGAUCCUAUGGUGCUCAGUGUGUUAUAUGUAUGGUGUCAGCUGAAUAAGGAUGCUAUCGUAAACUUCUGGUUUGGUACACAAUUCAAAGCCAUGUAUCUGCCAUGGGUCUUGUUUGGAUUUAAUUUGAUCAUCUCUGGCGGUGGAAUGAUGGAGUUAUUUGGCAUUCUAGUUGGACAUCUGUAUGUCUUCUUGAAAUUUAAGUAUCCUCAAGAACUCGGUGGUCCAGAAUUACUCAACACUCCAAAGAUACUUGAAAGUUACUUUCCCCCUCAAAGAAGUGGUGUUCAAUCAUUUGGAAGUGCACCGAUAUACAGGCCAGCUGGACAACCAAAUGCUCAAGGAAGAAAUAUAUUUGGAGGACAUAACUGGGGAAGAGGUCAUGUAUUGGGCCAAUAAUUAAUUUAGAAAUUUUACUUGUAAAGUUAUUAAACACACAAGAAAUUUUCUGUUUUAAUAUACAUUCGUUUUGCGACUUAUAGUUAAUAUGCAAGGGCAAUACUGGUUUCUUGAUGUCUGUGUUACUGAUUCUUCCAGAUAUCUCUUUUGUAAACUAUUACAUAACUUCAGUAAUUAAAAUAUAUAUAUAUAUA